CAUGUUCCGAUAUUCACCGUCUCCUUCAUCGAGUCGACCAGCUUUGAAUGUUGUGUUAAUAAAUAUUUUGUUUCGAUACCACAUCAAACAUUCUGUACUGCAUAGUUAUUUAAAUAAUGAUAAGCAAUAAGCAUGUAUCACAGCUUUUCGUCACUUUAAUUGGCAAGCUGAAUUGAAUUGUGUGGUGUCAAUGUCGAAGCCCUUAAACUAAUAAUCAUGACAUUUUUGUUCAACAGGAAUUCGAAAAGAAAAUGUUGUUUAACAGUAAAAUGUUUCACGUAAAACGACAUUACUUUAGAACGUGAGCUUUGAAUACCGCUCGACAGAGCGUGGGGUCGCUUCGGCCCAGGCUUUUUCUAUUUUACAUUUAUAUUUUGUCGUUAAAAUGGUAUUUUAUAUUGUAUGUUGACUGUUAAGUACUCGCUCCUUAUUUCGAGCUAUAAUUAUCGCUCGAAGCCUUCGGAGACGAUCCGGGAAGACGUGCGCUGCUUUCACCAGAUUAAAGUCGUACGACGACCUUGAUCAACUUGCAAUGGACUCAUACACCGAUACAAAGUUGAUCCCAAUGAGAUCCCUGUGGAACAACAGGCGGGGUCCACCCUGCCCCUCAUGGAGAUCCCGGGCCGGGAUAUCGAGGCUGAUGAGGAUUACAAUCCAUUUGAGCACAGGAAACUUGCUCAUCCUACUUCGGACAUGGACACUCUUAUCCAUUUACUUAAGGGUUCACUAGGUAGCGGUAUCUUAGCUAUGCCAAUGGCGUUUAUGAACGCCGGUCUAUACUUCGGUCUUGUUGCGACAUUCCUCAUAGGCGGCAUCUGUACUUAUUGCGUCCACGUACUAGUGAAGACCUCCCAUGAGCUUUGCAGAAGGAUACAGAAGCCAUCCCUGGGAUUCGCCGAGACUGCUGAAGCGGCUUUCCUCGCAGGACCACCAGCUGUGCACAAAUUCUCUAGACUUGCUAAGGCUAUGGUCAACUGGUUCCUGGUGAUUGAUCUCCUGGGCUGCUGCUGCGUGUACAUUGUGUUUGUCGCCAGAAACGUGAAGCAAGUCGUGGACUACCACGCCAAAGAGAGCGAAUGGCUGCCUCAUGAUAUGAAUCUUCGGAUAUACAUGGCUGUGCUCCUACCAUUCCUCAUUGCUAUGAACCUGAUCAGGAAUCUCAAAUACUUGGCUCCUUUCUCAAUGAUCGCCAACCUGUUGGUUGGAACCGGCAUGGGUAUCACUUUGUACUACCUCUUCCAAGAUAUUCCGAGCCUGAGCGAGAGACAGCCGAUGGCGGAAGUUGCACGCCUUCCCACAUUCUUCGGAACGGCCAUCUUCGCUUUGGAAGGUAUUGGCGUGGUCAUGCCGUUGGAGAACAACAUGAAGACUCCCACCCACUUUAUCGGAUGCCCUGGUGUACUCAACACUGGAAUGUUCUUUGUCGUCUCCCUGUACGCGCUGGUUGGAUUCUUCGGUUAUCUUAAAUAUGGAGACGCUACUUCGGGCAGUAUUACCCUAAAUCUUCCUCAAGAUGAAGUGUUGGGUCAAUGCGUGAAGCUGAUGAUUGCGGUCGCUAUCUUCUUCACCUACAGUCUCCAGUUCUACGUCCCGAUGGAAAUUAUCUGGAAGAACGUCCGCCACUGGUUCGGAGCUAAGAAGAACCUCGCUGAAUACAGCAUUAGAAUUGCUAUUAUCAUUAUGACCCUAUGUACGGCUAUCGCGAUCCCAAAUCUAGGACCGUUCAUUUCCCUUGUCGGUGCCGUCUGUCUCUCGUUUUUGGGACUCAUCUUCCCCGCUGUCAUCGAAACUGUCACUUACUGGGACCGCCCCAACGGACUCGGUCGCUUCAACUGGGUUCUCUGUAAAAAUAUUUUCCUGAUCGCCUUCGGUAUCGUUGGCUUCCUAACCGGUUCAUACGUCAGUAUCUUAGAUAUAAUCAAGGGUGAAGAUUAAGCAAAAGACUAGACAGAGGCUCAAUUUUAGGCCUAUUUAUGCUUUUGGUAUCGUUAUAACUUAUAACCAUUUUAUACUGUUAUAAUAGUAGAGAUUCCUAAUUUUUUUUUGAGUUCUGAAAAUGCUCAAAUAUUUUUGUUUGAGAUUAGUAUUAACGAGCUAGUGAGUGUGACGCGGGUUGUUUUGUUAGAAUUUUCUUUAGCCCCGAAUCUCCGUAGACAUUUGCAUUAAAUAUAUUAUAGUCGUAAGGAAUAUAGUAAGAUAAUAUGUAAUAAUGUAAGUAUAUCUGUUUGGAGGCGGCCUUAAUGACGAUUAACUUGAACCAAUUUUGGUUCAAAGCUUUGUUUCCUGUGCAGAAGCAAGUUUUGUGAUAGUUCGUGAUAGAUGCCGCCUCUUUCUUCCUAUCUUUACAAGUGUGAGAAUAUUUCUAGUGCAUUAUUGAAAUGUGAUAAAAUGUUAGAUUAUAAUGAUCGGAAAAUAAGCCAUUUAAUCAUCGUAAGGUUUAAAAACUGGGCAUAAUACAUCUUUGGUAAAUGAAACGGCCCAUAUUUGGGAUUCGCACACGAUGGCAUUUCAGUAUCCAAACAUAACAGCAGCUUAUAGUAUUAAACCAUAUCGAGGUUUGGGAAAAUGGCAUUUACCGUACCUUCGUGAUUUAGGUAGGUACUUGAGUAAGAUUAUUUUAGAAUGUUGAGUGAGGACGUAAUCUAAUAUUUAUGCUAUUUAUGAAUACAUUAAAAAUGUGUAUUUUUA